AUGGAUAAUGAAAGGAGUAAAAAAAGAAAGACAUUACUGUCGUUUUUCAAACAUAAAGAAAAUUCAUCUACAUCUACGGUUAACGAGGUAAAUCUUCAAUCUUAUGCAUCUAAUACGGAAGAAGAACAACCUGUUUUAAAUUUUCCAAGGGUUGAAAUUGAUCUUAAUAAUCUUGAACGAGAUCCCGCAAUUCGGAUUCCUAUAUGGCAACAUCCAAUAAAUCAACAAGAUGAAAUUAGGCGGUCUUAUAUUAGAAUGGGUCCGUAUCAACCUAAGUUAGAUGAGUAUCCAAGAACUAAGUUUGGAUCACAAACUCAGUAUCGUAGAUUUCAAUACUCGUGGUUUGAAAAGUUUCCUUGGUUAGAGUAUUCUUCAUCAAAGGAUUUAAUAUUCUGUUUUCCUUGUUUUCUUUUCCAAAAGAAAUCACCUAUUAAUCCUUCAUUCACUAUUGAUGGAUUUAAUAACUGGAAAAGGGUUAACGAUGGAGUUAAAUGUCCACUUUUAAUUCACGUGGGAGGUCCUACUUCCUCACAUAGUAAUUCAGUGAAAUGUGUUGAAGAUUUGAUGAAAGUAAGUGGACAUAUUGACAACAUAUUGAAUGCCCAAAGUUUAGAUGAAGUUCAGAAAAAUCGAUUACGACUUAAGACGACAAUUGAGAGUAUUCGAUGGCUUAGUUUACAAGCUUGUGCAUUUAGAGGUCAUGAUGAAUCUUCAUCUUCUAAAAAUCGUGGUAAUUUUAUAGAGAUGAUAAAACUUAUGGGUCGAUUGAAUGUUAAUAUUGGUGAUAUAGUAUUAGAAAAAGCUCCAAGAAAUGCAACAUAUACUUCACCAACUAUUCAGAAAGAAAUUUUGCAUAUAUUUGCAAAUAAAGUAAGGAAAAAAAUACGUGAAGAAAUUGGAGAUGCGAAGUUCUGUAUUUUAGUUGAUGAAGCUAAAGAUAUUUCAAAUAAAGAGCAGAUGUCAAUUAUUUUGAGAUUUGUUGACUGUUUGGGUAUUUUACGAGAGCGUUUCUUUGAUAUUGUUAAUGUUCCAAAUACUACUGCUUCAACAUUAAAGAAAAGCAUAUCAGAUGUUCUUUCUCGACAUAAUUUGAAUGUCACCAAUAUGAGAGGGCAAGGGUACGACGGUGCUAGUAACAUGUCUGGUGCUUGGAAUGGACUUCAAGCUCUAUUUCUUCGAGAGUGUCCAUAUGCAUAUUAUAUACAUUGCUUUGCUCAUAGGUUGCAAUUAGCAUUAGUUGGGGCUUCUACAAAAGAGAUUUCUGUAUGGCUAUUUUUUUCAAAAUUAUCCACCAUUAUUAAUCUUAUUGGUUGUUCCUCCAAAUGGCAUUCUGAGUUACAUUCUGUUCAAACUAUUGAAAUUGAUCGUAUGAUUACUUCGGGUGAAUGA